ACUUCCCAUCAACAUUCCUCAAGGUGAGUAUCGUCGCAAGCGCCUGCCCUUGCCGUCGCUUCGACCCCAACAUUCAGCGGGGCGCAGCAGCGCAACCAUCGCAGUGUUCCCUGGACAAGCUGUAUGGGGGGCGCAACUGGUUGGAGCAAGCGAAGUAAUGUUGGAGUGGGAGUAAAGGCGCUCGUGCGCACAGCCGCGAUGGCAAUGGCGGGUGUGACAGGCUGCAUCGCUCACGGAGCUGGACACUCGAGAGAAUGGAGGUAGAGGUACUCAUCGAGAUGAUGUGGUCUCGAGGCCAGGGACGCUGCCAAAGGCGGGUGAGGCGGCGCACCGUCGGAUCUUGGCAUGGUCUGCGCGCAACAUUACACCUAGAGUCGAGCAGCAGAAUUCAAAUGCUGCACAAGCCGCACACUUCCAAACCUUGGUUGCACAUGGGUUCUGACUCUUGCUCGUCUACCUUGUCAUCUGCAGAUGCCGCGUGCUCCUCGUAACCACAGCAAGACCUACAAGGUCCCUCGUCGUCCUUUCGAGUCUGCUCGUCUGGACUCCGAGCUCAAGCUCGCCGGAGAGUACGGACUGCGCAACAAGCGCGAAAUUUGGCGCAUUGCUUUGGUCCUGUCCAAGAUUCGUCGUGCCGCUCGUGAGCUGCUGAAGCUCGAGGACAAGGACCCCAAGCGUCUUUUCGAAGGCAACGCCAUCAUUCGUCGUUUGGUCAGAAUCGGUGUGCUCGACGAGACCCGCAUGAGACUCGAUUACGUACUUGCCCUCAAGAUUGAGGACUUCUUGGAGCGCCGAUUGCAGACUCAAGUCUACAAGACUGGUCUCGCCAAGUCUAUCCACCACGCCCGUGUCCUCAUCACUCAACGUCACAUUCGGGUCGGCAAGCAGAUCGUCAACGUCCCCAGCUUUGUCGUUCGUCUCGACAGCCAAAAGCACAUUGACUUUGCGCUCACCAGCCCGUACGGUGGUGCACGCGCUGGCCGCGUUAAGCGCAAGCGCGCUGCUGCUGCUGCUGCUAAGGAGGGCGGCGGUGAGGAGGAGGAGGAGGAAGAGUAGAUGGUUUUGCGGAAAGGCAUGACUAGAUUUGCAGAAUAGCAAAAAAUCCUCAUGAUUCCCGAUUCUGCGACCAUUCGACAUGUAAAAAUACUCUUCUUGGGUCGGGGUUGGCUUGUUAGGCCGACUUAAAAACGUUGAGCGAUGCUGGCUGGUGCCACCGCCUUGCUUCCUCGACGGAAGAGGCUGCACAUCCACGCACCUCUUUCCAUCCUACUCUCAUGCACAACGGCUCUCCUUUCUUCACGCUACAAGCCCCACGCAAUGACAGCGCUUCAUCAGAG